CAUUUUUAACCACAAGUUAUGAGAUCUUCACUCCACCAAAUGGGUAUGUUGAUGUUUUGGACGGUAAUAGUAUGUUUAAUGAAGUUAGGAUUUGGUAUAAGAUUUGUGAUCGACAAAGAAGAGUGUUUCUCUCACAAUAUUCUGUAUGAAGGCGAUGUUGUUCAUGCUUCCUUUGUGGUCAUCAAGGCUGAUAAUGCUUGGCAUCACACGGACGAAGGCGUCGAUUUCGUCAUAAAGGGGCCAGGUGGAGAGGAGAUCAAAGAGUUCCAUGACAUGAUAAGUGACAAAUAUGAAUUCAUGGCUCAAAGAAAAGGGAUCUACCACUUUUGCUUCACCAACAAAUCUCCCUUCCACGAGACCAUCGAUUUCGACGUGCUCGUCGGCCACUACAAGAGCUAUGAGCAGCACGCCAAGAACGAGCAUUUCAACCCUGUUGUCGAGCAAAUCUCCAAGCUCGAAGAAGCUCUCUACAAUAUCCAGUUCGAGCAGCACUGGCUCGAGGCUCAGACCGAUCGCCAAGCUAUUGUGAACGAAUCAAUGAGCCGGAGAGCGGUGUACAAGGCGAUAUUUGAGUCGUUAGCUCUUAUCGGAGCUAGCUCCCUCCAGGUUUUCCUCCUACAGCGCCUUUUUGAACGCAAGCUCGGGACUUCUCGAGUCUGAAACUCCAACGGAGGAUCUCCAGACCUACUAGAUUGGUUU